AUGUUAGUCUAUGAUCCAGCCACAUCGACCGAUCUCUCUACCGAUCUCUGGCACGAUGUUGCCUGUGCUUCUCCAGAAACGACACAGUUUAUUUGCAAAACUCCAGCGACAGAAGAAGAAAAAAUGUUCCUUACCUUUUCUGAGUUUCUAGAUCCAAUGGAGUCUUGUGGGCCAGGACUAUUCCAUUGUACCUCAGGGGAGUGCAUACAUGAUGUGUUCCUAUGUGAUGCUGCCGUCGAUUGCCAGGACUCAAGCGACGAAACCGAUUGCAACGAAGGUUGCGAUGAGAACCAAUUCGAGUGCAACGAUGAGUCGUGUAUAUCGGUGUCGUUUGUGUGUGAUACCAUUCCUGAUUGCAAGGACAUUUCAGAUGAAAAUAAUUGUGUUUAUUCUCGAUGUUCGGAGUCUGAGUUCACAUGUGACAACGGACAAUGUAUAGAUAUCUUCAAGAGGUGUGACUUUGUUUCACACUGCUACGACUCUUCAGAUGAAGGUGAUUGUGUUCUUGAGCUAUCUUCGUCAGCGUUCCAGUGUUUUGAUGGGUCUUUGUUUCCGAACAAAGUUAGAUGUGAUGGCAUGCUGGACUGUAUCAGCAGGACUGAUGAGGACGAAGACCCGUGUGAUUACAGGGUUAAUCCAAAUUUUGUCUGUAACUCGGACACUGAACUGGAGUGUGAUAACGGCGCAUGCGCACCACUGGAUACAAUCUGCAUGUACGAACUCAAUGAAGUUGGGUUACUUAAUGGCUGCCGUGACGUCACAAAUCUCAAAGAGUGUGAGACUCACACAUGUCCAUCUUGGACAUUGAAGUGUCCAGACUCGUACUGUAUUCCUCUACGGUAUCGAUGCGAUGGAAAGAUGGACUGCCCUAAAGGAGAAGAUGAACAAGAUUGUGGUAUGGCCUGA